AGAGUUGUCCAGCCCCAGCCUUGGAUCAAGUCCCCUGCCAUACCUCCGUGUGUCUUCUUGAAUCGCUGUACCCUGAUUCUUCUUCCUCCUCUUCUUGAGAGUCUUGAGGCGCCUUGGCAUGUAUAUAUCCAAUUUAUCGCCCGAGGAAACAGCACGCCGGUCCCCCACUUUGGACACCGACAGCGGCGAAUCGCCCCAAACACACGCGGACAGCGUUGCCAGCGUGGCCGACGCUGGUGCCGCGCUUGCUCAAAAUCACCAUGAUGUCCCUGGGGAUGACACAGAGGCAACGCCACCGCCCAGCUCCAGGACCACCCUCCACACGGCUAACCGAACGCAGCGCGCUUCGCUCGCGAGCGUGAGAAUUGUUCAGCCCACCAAAGCGUCGGUGCCCUCACUCAGCGACUUUGAACGUGACUUCAUCCCAAUCGACGUGUUUGUCUUUCAGCCCGGAUGCUUCACCACGUCCUCUGGGUACUUUUCCCGGCCCGCCUGUGGUGGGAGUGAUUGUGGCCUCUUUUGCUGUGGCUUCGACCUGCUCAACUUGUGUGGCUUUGGUGCCUGUCGGCACUUCUCCUUGGCCGCGGCCCCGCAGAGCUGGGCUCAAAUCCGUCACGAUAUAGAGCAGUAUCUACCGGCUGCCCACGCGAUUGCUGGUCGGUAUGUCCGUGCUUGUGGUCAAGCGGACAAAACCAGUAUCACGGAUGCCCUCAACACCGAGUGGUGUCCCAUCGUCAACCACGAUGUGCUGGCCUUGCAAGGCCUCUACAUCAAGGCUGUCAAUGAGACCGCCGUCAACCUUGAAGUCUAUCGCAUUCCCGCCCCACUUCGGUAACAUUUUUUUUUUUUUGGGGGUUCAGAUUUAUUCACACCUGACUGCUUUUUUGACAGGUGGAUGAUGGAUGGUUUUUGGGUUUCCUUCAUCAUCACUUGUGCACACGGCCAACCGCUCUCCGAUUGUGUCCGGGUGCACAGAUCCAAGCCAAUUGUGAUGAUGUCCUAGUAGUAAAUUGAUAUGG